AUGCCCAAAUGCUGGACUAAGGCCUCCUCGCGCUUUGGAGAGAAUGUGUCUCCCAAAUGUAUCCACAAAACAAUGUGUAGCUUCGGUAUAGGUAUUGCAACAAAUCAUACCCAUGAAUUGAAGCAAACAUCUCCAAAUCCUGAAAAAGUUAACAAAACUAUCGAAGAAGAAAAUGAAAUCGCAGACGAAGGAUGGGAGUACGAGAAUCAGACUGUUAUUGACUCACGAAGGAUAUUAUACAGUAAAAGAGUUGGGAUAGGCAAAAGACCUUAUAUGGUAUAUCUUCAAUUAACAAAAGAAUCGGCUAAAGCACACAAAUAUCGCGGUUGGCUUUGUGGUGGAGUCAUACUUGAUCCUUACUACGUCCUAACAUCUGCCGCUUGCGUGGAAGAUGCAGAUAAGUUUUACAUAGUAUCCGGCACAACGAAAUUCGUGGAUAGUUUUGACUACAAAUCUGACGACUGUGUUUGUAGGCACCGACGCAAAGUAGUUUGGAAAUGUAUACCUAAAAACUACAAAUUUGAUUUCCAAGAUAGCAUAAAAUGGUCUUCCAACGACAUAGCUAUUGUAAAAGUAAACAAACCGUUUAAACUUGGCGUAUUAGAAAAAGGAUGCGAAUUUGCUACCGAUCUUGUUUGUUACAACAACGUUAGUAGAGAACUCGAAAAAGCUGGAACUAAAGGGUAUAUCGCUGGAUGGGGAAGCGGCAGUAACUUCAGAGAGGGGGUAUAUCGUCGCCAAAAAGUACAUAUACCAGAAAAUGCUAAAUCUUUACAAGAAGCAAAAGUUUGUAUAAUGGAUAAUGAGCAAUGUGCUAAGAAGUGGGCUCAGCGAUUCAGGAACAUCAUAACUACAUACAUGAUAUGCACCAAGGACGUGAUGAAACGGCUUAGUGAAAUAUGUGAUAAAAGAUACGCAAAUUGCACAGAUGUGGAGAGUCGCCGAUUAGAUCAAGAAAAUGAUGAUCAAUCUCAGUUUCGUCUCGAUUUAGGAAGGCACCUUCGCGAUCCUGACGACUACACCGCGCGACGAUCUACUAAACAAGGCGGUUUUUGUGAGAAUGACCACGGUGGGCCUCUAAUAGUCAAGUAUCAAGGAAAGGAGCGGGUUGUCGGGGUCAUAUCUGCGUGUAAAAUCGAUCCGAAAAGUCACAGCUGUCACGGACCAUUCCUCUAUACUAGCGUCUUUAAGAAUCGACAAUUCUUAUCUUGUGCUAUCAAUAAGGACGUUGAAGAAAACUGUAGAAGGGUGUUCCGUACUGGUAUAACACAUGAAGAAUGGUCUGUCGAAUGGAAUAAAGAAGACGAUGACAUUAACGAUCGAGACGAUGAUAGUGACGAAGAACAUCAAGAUAUUUUAAGAGCAGUGAAGAAAGGCGAAGACAAACAAGAUAGCUCGAACAGCGACAGCAAAGAAGAUGCUAUAAAUACAGGCAAACUACUUAAAGUAGAAUAUAAAGCAAAAGCAAAUGUAAAAACCAAAAGACAUGUAAAAGAUACUGAAAAGAAAGACAAAAAACCAUCUAAAAAACAUAGUCUAAGAGUACGGGACGAAGUUUUCUACGAAUCCAGUCGUGAUGAAAAUGUCAAUGAACCGGAUGAUGAAUGAAAUUAUGCAACAUUAAAUAAUAUUUCAUCCUA